GUUAUACGUUGGCCAAGCCCUACAGCAGCCCUCACCCUUCCCGCCAGAUUUUGCUCACUUCGACCUCGCAGAACUGCCUCAGCAGCACUCCAUCUUGCCACUCCCUUCAAUCCCGAAGGGCUGAGGGUUUCUCUUUCCCCUUGCACCUGGCCAAAGUCAGCAGUGUCUCAUCUCUUGCAUCCGUCAUGGCGACCGCGGCUGCUCGCUCGUUGCUUUGCGUGCAUUUCCCCACGCAGAUCUCCCCAGCGGAGGGCGAAUCCGCCUCUCUCAGGGCUUUCGCCAAGUCCCUCCCGUCGCACGGCCUCUCUGCGGUCCCUCACAGCUGCAAGUCUGUCACCAACCGUCGCAGUAGCGGCGCGAAUGGGAGCAGCAGUCGCAGACGACAGCCAGUGAUGGCAGCUGCGGGCGACGGUGCGACGACGAAGAAAUGCCGCAUCACCCUGCUGCCGGGCGACGGUAUCGGCCCUGAAAUCAUGGCAGUGGCUGUGAGGCUGCUCAAGGCUCUGGGCGAUCUGGAAGGCAUUACCUUUGAGUUCCAAGAGGCGCUGGUCGGAGGUGCUGCCAUCGACGAAUUCGGCGUGCCUCUGCCCGAAUCUACCCUCGCCACCUGCCGCGACAGCGACGCCGUGCUGCUCGCAGCAAUUGGAGGCUACAAGUGGGACACCCUGCCCGCAGAUCUCCGCCCUGAGCGCGGCCUGCUGGGGCUGCGCGCAGGGCUCGGCGCAUUCGCUAACCUGCGCCCUGCGACCGUCUUCCCCCAGCUGAUCGAGGCGUCGUCGUUGAAGCGAGAGGUGGUGGAGGGAGUCGACAUCAUGGUGGUGCGAGAGCUGACGGGUGGGAUCUACUUCGGGCAGCCCAAGGGCUUCGGCCAAGAUGCAGAGGGCAACAGGACAGGCUUCAACACCAUGAUCUAUGCUGUCCCUGAGAUUGACCGCAUUGCCCGGGUGGGCUUUGAGGCGGCACGCAAGCGCAGCGGCCGUCUCUGCUCUGUGGAGAAGUCGAACGUGCUGGAGGUGUCGCAGCUGUGGCGCGAGCGUGUCACCGCCAUCGGGGCAGAGGAGUACCCCGAUGUGGAGCUGAGCCACAUGUAUGUCGACAACGCCGCCAUGCAGCUCAUCAGGAACCCCGCCAGUUUGACACGAUCGUCACGGGGAACAUAUUUGGGGAUAUCCUGUCAGACGAGGCGUCGAUGCUGACUGGCUCCAUUGGCAUGCUGCCAUCAGCCAGCAUUGGGUCGGAUGGCCCGGGCAUCUACGAGCCGGUGCACGGGUCGGCGCCGGACAUUGCAGGGCAGGACAAGGCAAACCCGAUGGCGCAGGUGCUGUCGGCCGCCAUGAUGCUGCGCUACGGGCUCAACCUGCCCCGUGGCGCUGACCUGCUGGAGGCUGCUGUCAUGAGCGCCCUGGAGUCCGGGUACAGGACUGGCGACAUUGCGUCUCCGGGCACUGAGGUGAUCGGCUGCAGUAAGAUGAGCGAUGUGUUGCUGGAGAAGCUUCACGAGGCGCAUGCCAAGCUGAGCUAGACAGUGGUGGUGGCGCCAUAAAUAUUCAAGCCUAGCAAGCAACACGAACAGCACAAUGCCUUCAAAAAAUAGCUGCUUGACAUCCUUCCGUUGGGUUUACGUACAAUUUUUUGUAGGUUGUAUUCGGCAGACAAGGGGAAAAGGGCCAAUUAGCUUGCAGAUGGUGGAAGAUAUGCAGCACUUGUAUUUUAGCAUUAGCAGCUUAGGUUGUAACACUGCGAGCUGUGCACUUUUCUCAUAGUUUCGUCACUGUGGCAGGUGGGUGUUCACAUUUCCUG